UGAUUCAAUCACUACAUUUUUUUGCCAUGUUCGGUAACGUAACAUUCGAAAAGGCUAUCGCGUUCGCGCGAAUUAGCGUGGCUUUGACCUUCUGUUGGCCGCCUCGUUUCACAGCUACCAAGUCGCAGAUGCUUCGUUUCAAGGUUCUCAGAUCAGCAGUGAUGUUAAACGCAUUCACGCUCUUGUUGCCACUAAUAUAUACACUUUACAUGCAACGCGAUGACUUCACCAAUUUUGCUCAGGCGGGAUGUAUGUUACUGGCUGUUAUCCAAGUGCUCCUGCAGACGAUUUUCUGCAUCAACCAGUACGAUCGUCUUCGGAGUGUGAUAGAGGAGAUGAUACUUUACUGCAAGAAAGCAAAAUCAUAUGAAAGUUAUGUGUUCCAACGAUACGUGGAGAGGUAUAGCACGUUUUAUGCAAUGUCUACGAUGUGGUUCUACAUGUCGGCGUUUACUGUUGUCCUGGCGAGUUUGUUGACGUCUCAGCCCUUUCCGACCAACGCUGAAUAUCCGUUUUCUGUGGACUACGAGCCCUUGAGGACGAUUAUUUUCCUCCAACAAGCUGUAGCUGGUCUGCAGUGCGCCGCACAUGUGUCUGUUAGUAUGCUUGGUGCACUACUGCUGUUGUUUGCUGCUGCACGAUUCGAGAUUCUGAUGAUGGAGCUACGAAACAUCACAGAUUUUCAUAGUCUGAUCAAGGGUGUCACUAAAUACCGCUUUGUGAAAAGAUACGCACAGGAAGUGGUUAAGUGUGUUGAAUUAAUUGCUCUAGCUACGUUAGUAUUUUGCGCAGGGGUGCUGGUGCUCUGCGGAAUCAAUUGCAUCGGGCAAGUCCCGUUUACGAUAAAAUUGCAAUUCUUUUUCUUGGGUGGAGCUGCUUUGUUAGAGGUAUUCAUGUGCGCGCUGCCAGCGGAUCACUUGAUGAACAUAAGCCGGACUGCCAUCCAAGGUGCGUACGAAUCGACAUGGUACGAGCAACCAUUGAGACUGCAAAAGAGCAUGCUGUAUAUGCUGAUGCCACAGAAGGAGGUAGCUAUCAGGAUUAAGGGAAUCGUUCCAGCUCUCUCUUUGAAUUACUACUGUUCGUAUGUCUCUAAUGUCUUCACCAUGUUCACUGCUCUACGGAUCAUGAUGAUGGAGGACAGGGAUGUGAGCUGAGCAUUUCUUGACAACAUGUGAGCUGGACAGUUGUUAACGUAAAUAUAGUAAAUUUUUCCUAUCUCA